AUGUCUGCAGAAUUCCUGGACAGUUCCCUUACGCAAAUAAAGGAUGUAAUCAACAAGCUGCAAGUUUCUGUCACCGAACUUCCUACCCUGCUCUCGCUUUUGUGUGCUCCGCUGGAUUCUUUAGGACUCCUCCCACCGCAAUACAGGCGAUACAAUCUACAUCCAUUGACCAGCUGCACUCUCAAUGCUUCACGACACAUCCCACCUAUACAGAGGGCUUUAUUGCAACAUGUGAUUCCUACAUGGGAGGCAGUUCUUGUUGAGGAGAAGCUUAUUUCGCUGGUAGAGCAAUACUUUUGCCCAGACGCAUUUUCUAACGCACUACCUGCCGCUGGGGAGAUCGCAUUACUUGCCUACUCAACUAUAUUGUCUUUAUCGCUCACAGAACAAUCUAUUCAGCUCUUGUGUAGGCUUUCAAAAGGAUUUCCUAUUGAUAGGCUGCAUCGUGCAGUAUUCUCGGGAAGUACUAGUUCGGAGAGGCAGUCGCUUGCCUGGGGUGACUGUCUUCGCAAUGUUUUCUCUGUUCCAGCCAAAGUUGCCAACGCGUUGAAGGGAAAGGAUUUACCGCCUGGGCUCGACCAUGCUACAUACUUCAACAACCUAAGCUUGCGUUGCGAAGUUCUGGUAAACGCAUCAUCCAGUGCUCCGCUCCAAGAGACCGGUACUUCUGUAUGCCAGCUUCUCGCAAAAUUGGUCAAUGUCGGCGUAUUCCCACCUACUCAACCUACGACUCCAUCUCAGCCAUCGUUUUUCUAUGUUACAUUGCCGACUAUCCGAAGUAGACUAGAAAACGACACGCCGGGCCAAUACUCAGCGUUUUGGAAUGACAUCAUUCGCUUUAUACCGUCAGUACUCACGCAGCAAGCAAUUCUGACAUCUUUGUUGUCUUCGUUAUCGCGUCCACCGACGUCUCUCUUGAGUCCACUUUCGGUCGAUAGAGGGAUUGUCAAACGCGAAGCUAUUUUGUUACGGGGCGUCGUUGGUCGCUUUGAGCCACAGUCAGAAGUUUGGAACAGUAUUUUAGCUAUUGCUUUCGGUCGUGAGUGGAACGAGUUCCAUGCUAGGAUCCUCGUGUGCUGGGCUGCUCAAGCUCUUCUUGUGACUCUUCUAGAAAAGGUCCUUGAAAGGUGGGGUACUCCAGACCAUGUCAAGCACUCGUUGCUUUCCCGCCAUCACUAUUUAGCUGCUCUGCUGCUGCUCUGCGUAUCUUAUUUUCCCCCUUCCUCGCCACAGGUAUCUUCCAUAGCCAUCUCAUCCUCGUUCAUUUCAGGAAUUGGCCUCUAUAUCAGUCACAAUGAUAAUUCCGUGCGCCGCUGCGGCAUGCUCGUGGCGGAAGUCGUCGCAAAACGUGCAGGAAAACAGCUUGACUUUGGCGAUUGGGACGGGGAGGGCGAUGGAAGACCCUGGGCCCGAGAUAUUAGGACGCUGAUCGCAGGUCUGGACAUGGAUGCAGAUGUUAAAGUCGAACAAAAUUUGCCCUCAAGUCACUCGAGUGAAACCUCCGGUGAUCAUCACACCAUGGACAACCACGAAGACGUAGUUACUGCCAAAUUGCCCAAAUCGAAGAAGCCUAUACAAAUCGAUACCGGAUAUGAUUCUGACGAUUCUCUUACGGGUUAUGCUUCCCCUUCGUCCUCUCGUUCUGUGUCCCCUACGCCUUCCGAGCUCGAGGAAAUCGAGAAAGAUCCUACGUUGCGUGUUGGUGUCAAGAAGAUCCCUCAACCUGUUUAUCUCGUACAGCUGGGGACAAUGGUUCGAGGCACUGUUGGUUUGAAGACUGGCGAGGACACCCAGGAGGUGGAUAAACUUGAAGUCGCGUUAACCUGUGCAGAGGAACUCAUCAGGAGGAAGAGAAACUAUGGAUCGGAACUCGAGGAAAAUGCACCGAACCUUGUGUAUGGGUUUGUUGGACUGCAGGAUAACUAUGAUCUUGACGAUUUUGACAACAAACGUCAACGUGCCGUAAAUGCAUUGGUAGCAUGUUGUCCUCGGAUUGCGGCACCGUCCAUAAUCGAAGAAUUCUUCAAGAAUCAGUAUUCUACCGAGCAACGUUAUGUGAUGCUGAAUGCGCUGGCCUUGGGUGCACGAGAGCUUGCUUCUCUCCCUAUCUUCUCUUCUGCCCUUCAACCGGUCUCAAAUAGUCGGACAGCUUUUCCCAGCAAAGUACUACCUCCCGCACUGCACGAGCGUUAUAUCGCUGCAGCAUCGCAAGGUGGCGGCGUCGUUCAGCAAAUGCUAGAUGGUAUCACCCGCAAAGCCAUGGAUAGAGGCAGUGAAGGUGUUGCCGAUAAAGUUCCACAACUUGUACGCGAGCGCCAGCUGCGUAUUCGAAAACCUGCCAAAGUGACGGAAGUCAUGCCCAACGCUCCAGCUCCCUUGAUCCCGAACCCACCGCAGGACACGACGUUCACAGAGGUCGCCGCUGAGUUCUUUAUAGUUCCGUUUAUCAAUCGCUUCUGGCUUUUCCUUCGCGAUGAACAAGCACGUGAAGAGCGGACUGCACUUCGCGAAACGUUGCAUCAGUACCGAGGAGCGGGUACAGGCUUGAUCCUCAAUCCCGUUGUACUAGCACAUUUCCUCAGCACACUGGCCAUAUUAGUGCAUGCUGCACAAAAUGCUUCACAAUGGCUGGCUAUAGUUGCUCCUGAGGCACUAGAACUAGCAGUCACGCUAGGCACCAGGCCCCUAUCCCGAAUAGACGAAGAGGUAGGAGACCACGCUGGUGAAACACAAAACGACGCGAAGGCAAAGGAGGCAUCUGUCCUAACCGCUGCGUUAGAACUCGCGCUCAUCGUUUUGGAUGGGUGCUUAGAACUUGAUGGUGGUCGGUCUAUGGGACUCGAACACACAGCUCUGUUGUUUGGCACGGAAGAGUGGGCUGGCAAAGUCUUCUCUCAUCUGGAAAAAGGAGUGCUUGUUGAAGGUGGAGGUGGGGCACAUGAGAUAAAGCUGAAAAGAGCUGCCGCUGGAGUGUUGCUCAAGGUGGAAGAGCUAUCUUCCAAAUGGCGGCGCUCGAUGGUGGAUAUCAGAUAGAUGCACCCCUUGCCCCUUCUGUUAGAUAUCAUUACUGCAUGCCCAAUAACUACCCCAGUGUAUCGUAGUUAUCGCCUUGCUGUAUUUCAGACGAGAGUAGUUUUCAAGUGGCACUGGCGCUGGCGACACUGUUAGGUAGUAGUGGUACAAUAUUAAUACAAACGUCGACGUCCUUCCC